AUGAAGCUCACGGCGGGAGUCGCAUGCCUCAGCUUGGCGUCUCUUGCCGCCGCUGACUGGCGCUUCCGGUCCCGCCCCGAACUUGCCGCCCCGAGGCUCAACAUCACGGUUCCAGCCGACCGCAAUGCCGUGGAGAAGGGCUUCAUCUUUGUGGCGCCCUACGAGGGUUUCGAAGAAGGCCACCGUGGGCCUAUUCAGCCGGGAGCUUACAUCUUUCGAGACGAUGGAGAAUUAGUCUGGUCUGGCGUGGGAUACCAUUCCGGAUGGGUCGCCAACUUCCGCCCCGACACUUGGGACGGGAAGCCGUAUCUGCGUGCAUUCCAAGGAUCGCUCGAUGGAAAACAUGGCAGGAUGUUUGGUUACCACACACUCCUCGGGCCGGACUAUGAGGUCGCCAAGGUGGUCAAGGUCGGAUCGCACCGGCUCGUCUCGGCGCACGAGUUCCGGCUCGUUGACGGGAAGACGGCCUUGGUGGAGACGCCGAUCCCACGGACCGUGUCCUUGAAGCCAUGGGGAGGUACUGCAGAGCAGAACUGGAUUCUCUCGGGAGGGUUUCAAGAGAUUGACAUCGACACGGGGGACGUUAUCUUCGAAUGGGAGAGCUUCGACCACGUUGAUCCUAAGUACAGCGCUUUUCCGCUCGACUUUGGCGCAGGUCUUCCCGGAAGUGGCACAACGGAGACAGAUGCCUGGAACUAUUUCCACAUUAACAGCGUCGACAAGGACGACGAGGGGAACUAUCUCAUAUCGGCAAGAAAUGUCGCGGCGGUCUUCAAGAUCAACGGAACCAACGGCGAGAUCAUCUGGCAGCUCGGAGGCUUCCACGGAGGCUCUUUGUUCACGCUAGCCAGCGAAGACGUGUUUGGCUACCAACAUCACGCUAGAUUCCGCAGCCGUUCCGCAGAUGGAAAGAUCGAGGUCAUCACCCUGUUUGACAAUGGAGCCCACUCGGCGCCCAAAAAGACUAACGCGUUUUCGCGGGGUCGCAUCUAUCAGCUGAACCACACCGACGGCACCGCGAAAGCGAUUCAGACGUACGACGCUCCGGAUGGCUUGUCGGCGCGCACGCAGGGUAGCCUGCAGAUUCUGCCGAACAACAAUGUCUUUAUCAACUGGGGCCAGUCGGGCGCGGUGACGGAGUACAGCCAUGAGGGCAAGGUCUUGUUCCACGCGUACCUCGACUCGGCUCCGGAGGGUAUCUUUACUCAAAGCUACCGCGGUUUCAGAUACAACUGGACCGGAACGCCUGGCGAGGAACCUGCUGUUGUGGCUUUCAAGGGUGCUCGAGAUGGCGAUUUGAAUGUCUAUGUUUCGUGGAACGGGGAUACGGAGGCUGCCUCGUGGAGGUUCUACGCCCGGUCUGCAGCGGGUUCCAGGGAAGAUUUCUUGGGAGAAGUCGAGCGUGAGGGCUUUGAGACUCACGCCACGCUUCGUUAUGUGGAUGUAUCUGAAGGCAUCACAGUCAUUGCGGAGGCUGUUGACAAGGAUGGCAGAAUAUUGAGGAAGACGAAAGCUGUUCCGAUUUCGUUGGACUUGGCUCAUCCGCCUUCUGAGCUGAAGUGGGGGAGUGACGAACUGUGA